CGGUUCCCCUUCUCUGACAACUCCCCCUCUUCCCCCCUCAGCGUGAAGAUCGCCCCGGGGGCCGUGGUGUGCGUGGAGAGCGAGAUCCGCGGGGACGUGAGCAUCGGGCCCAGGACCGUGAUCCACCCCAAGGCCAGGAUCAUCGCCGAAGCCGGGCCCAUCAUCAUCGGGGAAGGCAACCUGAUCGAGGAGCAGGCGCUCAUCAUCAACGGGUAUCCAGAAAAUAUCACGCCAGAAACUGAAGAGGUGGAGCCGCAACCGAUGGUCAUUGGCACCAAUAAUGUUUUUGAAGUCGGCUGUUAUUCCCAAGCAAUGAAGGUGGGGGAUAACAAUGUCAUUGAAUCCAAGGCCUUCGUCGGCAGGAAUGUGAUCCUGACAAGUGGCUGCAUCAUUGGGGCCUGCUGUAACAUCAACACCUACGAGGUGAUCCCCGAAAACACCGUCAUCUAUGGGGCGGACUGCCUCCGCCGCGUCCAGACUGAACGGCCCCAGCCUCAGACGCUGCAGCUGGAUUUCCUGAUGAAGAUCUUGCCCAACUACCAUCACUUAAAGAAGACCAUGAAGGCCACAUCCACUCCUGUCAAGAGCUGAGUGCCUUCAGCUUCAUCUGGU